GACCUGCCAGUGAUUGUCUAAUUUAAGACUAAUUCACUUAAGGUCAGUCGAAGAAAGACACACAGCGCAUCGUAUGAUCGCGUGCUGACGGCCUAUCAAACUGAUCGUUGCAGGACGCCCGUGUCUGGUGACGUGUCGUUAUAUCCAUACCUGUGCUCACCUGUGUGUACUCCGGGUUUGUAAACAUGGUUGGUAACAUCAGAGCGCUGUGGCGCCAAUUUCCGGUCAAACAGGUCACAGUUUUAGCGGUGCUUCUGUCGAUAGGGCCCAUUUCAGGCAGCACCAGGAACCCAUUUCUCCCGUUCCUCACACACGACUUCUUCCCGUACCUGAAGAGCAACCAGAUAGGAUACUAUGCAGGGUUCCUGACGAGUGCGACAUUCACUGGUACUUUUCUCGGGUGUUUUAUGUGGGGGAAGCUGUCGGACAUUGUUGGGAGAAGACCCAUCCUGUUGAGUUCGGCCACGGCGCUGCUGGUAGGCACGGUGCUAGUGGGCUUCAGUUUCUCCUUUCUAUGGGCCGUCGGUGUGCUGUUUUUCGAAGGACUUCUGAACGGCACGCUGGGUGUAGCCAAGACGUACCUGUACGAGAUUUGUCCUCCUAAGUUCCAUUCAUUUGCCUUUUCGUAUACCUGGCUUCCUGACAAUGUGGCCCACUUUGUGGGCCCGAUACUGGGUGGAUUUUUGGCCUGUCCAGCUACAAGAUUCCAGACGUUCGACAAACCUUUCUUCAAGCAGUUCCCGUACCUGCUGCCCUGCGCCGUAGUGGCGUGUUUGCAGCUCUGCAUUCUGAUAGGUGGCUGCAUUUUUCUGGGCGAAUCUCUGGAUAAAAAACCCAAGGUUGAUUAUAUCAGUUUGACCAAAAUAUCUACGCAAGACGCGGAUGAAGACGACAAGGAAAAACCACGCCGACAAGAGGAGUCCACGUGCAGCCUGCUGCGGGACAGACUGGUGCUGAUCCCCUGUGCGCUGUACGCUCUCUUCGCAUUGGUGACCAUCUGCGGCGUUCAGUUGUUACCCCUCCUCCUGGUGUCUGACUCCCAACAUGGCGGCUACAACUUUGACGCUGCGGAGAUUUCCAUCGUCCUGACCACUAUCGCCAUCUAUGGAACCGCCACGCAUGCAACGUUAAACCCAUACAUAGCGUCUAAGUUUACAUACAAGACGGUGUUCCUGUCUGGAGUUCUGUUUUACGCAGUGGGUAUCAGCUUGCUUCCGUCCAUGGUCAACAUCACAGGUGCAGUAAGGAGUCAACAACUUCUCCAAACAGCGAACUCUAGCGAUUUGACACUGAACUUCACGGCUGCUCCUGAGCAAUUUUCGACCUCGCCACUAGUAACAGAAAGUUACAUACAGCCAACGACAGAACUGAACGCGACAGUAGUUACCGGCCAGUGUCGGCUAGCCGGGGACAGGAGGAAGACCUCCCAGCAUCAGGCCUCAGAACUACCCGCCAGAGUCUGGGGUCCACUGCUGGCUGUUGUAUUGGUGAUGGAACAGGGAACCGCACAAACAUACCUGGCCGUCACUGUGAUGGUAGGAAACGCCGGUGUGCAAUCCAACCGGGGGACAGUUAACGGCAUCGCGCAGACCCUGGCGGCGCUGUCCCGGCUGGUGGGACCGGCGGUGAGCGCCAACCUGUUCGCCUGGACCACCGAUAACGGGUUGCCCUGGCCGCUGGAUCACCACCUGUCCUUCUAUCUGGUGGCCGUCCUGUGUAUCCUCGUGGCGGUCCUAUGUGCAAGUCUACCGGCUUCCAGCAACCUGCCCAGGGCCGACAGUCUGACAUUAUCAGAGGGAGAGGACGAGAGGGAAGAAGACCAAGAGGAAGAAGAAGAGGAGAAAUUAAGUAUGCAUUUUAGAACACGCGAUGGCAAGACUUGGAUUGAUGGCAUAGAUGAUAAUGACGACUUUGAAACUAAUUAUCUGCUUCCUCCAAAUGUUACUUAGAUCCGAUGUAAAGAUCUCGAAACGAAUCAUUUUCUAUAGACUGACCCUCAAUGAAGGACUCCGACAUCAGAAGACAGUGUAACAAACAUCAGCCCAUCACCCCACCCCACCGGCCAAGGUCAUAUUGCACACUUCUCACAGAAGGUUGAAACGAAACUUCGGUCCAUUGACAGGCAAAUAGGCAGGUGAAAUGAGUACUGUGUUGGUGGCAGUAUAGAAAUGAGUUGAAAAAACUUGAGUGUGCCAUCACCACUUCUUACGAGUACAUCUUCCUGGAAUAAUUAAAAAAAAACUUAAGAAAAAAAAACACCGUCACAUUUGAUCGACGUUGUUUUUGUUUUGCACACAGAGACCGCAUCUCAAAUGGUGAACAGUGCCAAGCAAUAACACAUCCAAAUGAAGACCUC